AUGAUUGCAACCGAAAAUAGAGUUGCAUUAGCAUUUGGUUUGAAUAUUGCAGCAGGAUUAUCAACAUGUAUUGGAGGAAUUAUCAUUUUCAAUAAAAAAUUAGUAUAUCUUACUAAUCCGUCCAGUUUGGGUAUUGCUUUUGGAGUAUCUGCUGGAGUAAUGAUUUUUAUUGCAUUGGGGAAUAUCUUUGAAGAAAGUGUCAAUGCAUUUCAGGAAGGUCUUGGUGGAAAAGACGAACAAACCUGUGAUAAAAUGUGUAAAGGAAAUAGCAAAAUGUUUACAACAAUUUGUUUCAUUAAUGGUGCUGCAAUCAUUUUUUUAAUCGAUUUUAUCAUUCAUAAAAUUUCUCCUGAUAUUGAUCACGAACUGAGUAUAGACAAAAUAAAUACUUUUCGUCAAACAUUUUCUCAAAUUGAUUCAAAAUAUGAGUCAGAUCUCGUAGAAGUACAAACUUCACAUGGUAAAAAGAAUGGCUUUGGAGAUGUGACAACUAAACGAAUGUUAAAUCGUAUGGGUAUAUUGACUGCAUUAGCAAUUGCGAUUCAUAAUCUUCCAGAAGGUGUUACAACUUAUACUGGAGCCGUGAAGGAUACAAAAUUAGGUAUAGCGUUAGCCAUUGCUAUCGCAUUACAUAAUAUUCCUGAAGGUAUUGCAGUUGCGACACCAAUAUAUUUUGCCACCGGAUCUAAACUCGAGGCUUUUCGUUGGACAUUUAUAUCUGCUCUUGCCGAACCUUUUGGAGGAAUCAUUGGCUGGUUGAUUGCUGGUGAUGGAUUAAAUGCAAAUGUAAACGGAAUCAUGUUUGGCUUGGUUGUUGGUAUGAUGGUAACUAUUUCUAUCAAAGAACUAAUUCCUACAGCACAUCGUUUUUGUCUAUCAAGAGACAAAGUUACUUAUUCCAUACUAUUUGGGAUGUGUGUUAUAGCAUUUAGUUUAAUCCUACUUGAUUAUGCAGGUGUCUAA